CCUUCAGUGGUAACCGGGCUCACUCAAGAGCUGUUUCUCAAUUCCGACUUCCUAGUUGCUCAAGCUCUGCGCCGUCUUUGCAAGGUCAAUCGCCAGCCAUUUCCUCUCCUAUUCAAAUUCGGGUGUUUUGCAUUUUGGACGUCGUCGUUUACCGGCUUUUGUUGGGCAAUUCAGCCUCAGCCCUGUGCGUUUCAAUUCUCCGUCGAAAUUGCUAGAGGUAAUCAGACCAGAUACAAAUAUUAUCGGAACAAUUUCAGAUCAUUUUGAUCCAGCCUCAUACUUUCGAAAGUGAACUGUGUUUCCAAUAUUCCAUUAAAAUUCAAGUUUAUUGCUCUCAGCUUGGAAAUUGUAUAAACAUUUGUGCAAUCGUUUUUUGUUUGCCUGGAAAUUGGAGACAAGUUUUGUAGUUUGAGAGUCUGUUAUCAGUUGAAAUCAGUGGUGAAGAUGCCGCCCGGUCUAGGGCUGGUAGGCGGAGGCGGUGAUGUCGAGGAUGACAAGGAGGUGAUGCACUACGCCACGUCGAAGGCGGCACUCUCUGAGCGAGCCGUGAGGCGGCUGAGUGCCAAGUACGAGUGCCCAAGGAGGCGGCUGUCGUCGACCGGGGGCGGCAGUGGGGGCAGUGACUCCCAGUCGUCAUCGUCGUCUCAGUCGUCGGCCAGCGUCGACACGUCCGAGCUCAGCGAGCAUGAGCGACUCCAGGUGGAGGCCUGCUUCCGCGGACUCAAGACACAGAUAUUUGUGUGUAGCUCGUUGGCGAACUUGUACAUGUCGUCUGCACUGGCCGAGAACGGCUGGGAGCUGCGAUACACAGGCGUGCCUCUGGUGCUUCUCGACACGGGAGAGACCCGCUCCAGGGACAAGCGUCGCAUUCAGAUCCUGCUCGCCGAGCGUGGAACUUGCUUCACUCUCUGGCAGGACACCAUCGACAAUCUUUCCGCCUACAAGGUGGCAGGCCAGGCGUUCCACACGAUGUGCCUGUCGUCAGACCACACCAAGCAGAUCGGGCUGAGCUUCGACUGUGUGAACGCGGCACAGGAGAUGUGGCAGCACAUCGAGCGGCUCAUCGCCUGUCCCGAGAACAUCAGUCUGUCAGUGCCCGGCACAAAAAAGCAAAAACCAAAAAAGCAGGUCUACCAACCCCUGCCUCAGAAGUCACUCAUCUCGCAGCCGUGCUGCUUCCAGCAUAUCACCAGCGUCGAUGUGGGCGAUCGCUCCAGGUAUUUCUCGCUGCAGACUCUUCUGCCGGACAUCUCUUCCAGUCCUCAAAUCAACUCUGACCAAUAGGUCGGUUAGCCUACUUCUCAAAGGGGUGUCAAGUGAACAGGCUGAACACUAUUAAUAAUUAUCAUAAAGAAUGUGUUGGAGAGAUUUGAAGUGGACAAUGUAAAUUAUUUAAAAAAACCUUCAUCUCUCUAUAUUUGACGUGUGUUGCUCGCAAAUGUCUAUCAUAUAGCUAUUUGUUGCUCUUAUUCAAGUUGUAGAUAAUAUUUUGUAAAUAGUUUGUUAUAAUUUCCUAUAGACCUGAUAUUGUAGAAAUAUAAAUUAUCUUGCUGUGGCAUCUAUGAACUUUUCAUUAAUUGAUUGAAUAAGAUUGGGGCUUUUUAGAUGUCACAGCAAUAUUAUUUGUAUUUUUACAAGGUUUACAUAAACCAGUCUAGGUUGAUUCAAUAGCGAGUUCUUAUGAAACUAGAUUGAUUCAAAAUUAUUAUAAUAUAUGGUAUGUAAUUUUUUAUUCGACACGGCAAUUUCAAAAUAUAUUCUCUAUAUCAUAACUAUAUUUUUAGUUGGAUAUAUAUGAAUAGUGUUCCCUAAUACCGUAAUUUAUAAAAAAGUUGCUAGUAAGAUGAGUUGAAAAUCUUUGUAAUAAGAUAUUACAAUACUCUUACCACCUGAUUGGUGGCAUCUAUGGCAAUUUAUUGUUUUUUUCAUUAUAUUACCUAUAUUAUUGUAUUGUUUUGUUUUGUACAAAAUAACCAUGCACCAAUAAAAUCGUUAAUUAUUCUCAUAAAUACGAAGUAUAUGAUCUUUGAAAAAUUAUUAUUACUUAUGCUUAUCACUUUUAAAAAGUAUUAAGCUUUCAGUUUUUAAUAUUAUGAUAAUAUUUUUCUGCUAUCGAUAUUUUUCAUUGGAAAAGAGAGAGAAUAGAAAUAUAUCCCACUGUGAUAUUGUUAGCUCAUUUGUUUAAAGCUGAAUUGAUUAUUAUUAGAAGUACAGCAUUUCUAUUUUGACGUGAACAGUAAUAAAUGAACUGUUGGAAUAUUAACAUCUGAAGCUUCUGUUAAACUGUAUUUUAUCUCUCUGUAUUCACAAUGAAGAUUUUCUAACUAUUAAAAUAAUCAGUAGAGAAUAAGAAAGAGGAUGGAUUCACAUCUUUUUCUACUACAUGUUCAUGCUAGACAAUGGUUAGUAAUUCUUUACGAGCAAAUCAUGAUCGUGAAGAUCUGCAAGAGAAUUAUUUCAGAUUUUACAGAUUCAGUAUUAUACUUAAUAUAACAAUUAUUGUAUCGCAUACUAAUAAUAAUGCAGGCAUCAAUUUAACUGAGAAAUAUAUUUAUUCCUCAUGAGUGUAUUGUAUGUAACUCAUGGUUUUGAAAUUCAGAAUAUUUGAGGAAUUAUUUCAUCCGUUGGUAACGUGUAAACUUGUACUGUAUGAGAAUCUCUCAGUGCCGGUUAAAUUUUAAUCGUGAUUGAUUUCACAAGAAUCAAUUCGAGAAUUUUUUCUUUUCGAAAAAAUCUUCUUUGAUUUUUAAGAUUUGGUUAAAUUUUAACCGGUUUUGAGCAGCCGGGCCUCAUAUUGCAAAGUUUAUUAGAAACCUGAGAAAUAUUUCACUCCUUCAUACAUCUCUAACAGCCCAAAUUUGAAUUUAAAAUGUCCCAUUUAUGAGAAAAGAAACUAGAUUUCCAACUGUAUUUUUUCCUGUCAAUGAGGUUUUUGUAUUGAAGAAAUACCACUAUCUCUAUAUUUCCACCAACUAUAUUAAGAUAACGAAGAAAUCGUAUGAUAAUGGUACUAUUAUUUAUUGAAUCGGAAUUGGCUACACUGAUUUUUAGUCAAUGAUGAAUGAAGUCUCUAAAAUUGUGGAGCGAGCUAUUCAUCUUUAUGACGCCAUUGUCCUAUAGAACCAAAGACUUGGAAACUGAUGUUGUUAAAUAAGAUAAGAGUUCUCUUGAAAACUGAAAACUUGAUAGCCUAAAUUAUUUUCUAAUAUGAUGAAGCAGUUUUAGGCUAAUCGUUGGUUUUUCAAUCAUCGUUCAUAACAGUUUCAUUAUGAUGUUCAGGAUCAUACUACCCAGUUUCGAAAUUGCAUAAGUGCUGAACCAUAGCCUAUUUUGUAUAAAAAGACUGUAUACUUUUAGGAUAGUCUUGCAUGUUAAAUUUAAUUUAAUUUAAUAUUGCAUCAUAUACCAUGUUAUCAUAACCUACGGUACUGUAUUUAGAUAGUUAUAUAAAAGUCAUUUUUUAUUAUUUUAUAGUUGCUAUUAUAAAGAAAUUUUGUAAAUAGAUAAUUUCAAGUACAAUAGUGAAGUGUUAUGAAGGAUCUUCCAAUGAAUAGAUAUUAUAUAUUAAAUUGUUGUAAAUGAGCCAUUUGAGCUUGUUGUUAUUGAGGUGUGUACUGUUAUUUGUAUGAUUUCAAAUACAGUUACUACAACAAAUUAGUUUCAUUAUAGAGCGUAUAUCACUAUAGAGGCUAGGUAAUUGAAUUAUGGUUAGAGUCUAUCAUUUCAGAUUACUAUAAAUGAUCUGAGAUUUAUUUGAAUCAAUUGUCUCUAUACUUGAAGGUAAUAUUCACAUUUAUAUUACUAAAUUCGUUGUUAUAAAUUUUACGUAUCUAUAAAAUAUAUUUCUAAUAAUAUUAUUAAAUACCAUACACAUUUUCUGUCGAAAAAGAUGCUGAAAAAAUAUAAAUCCAUGUAUUAUGCAUGCCUGAUCUGCAGAAACGGUUAUCCUAUGUGAUUAGAAGCUUUUUCUGUCAUAUCCAAAUGAUUGUGAUUACAAUAAAAAAUGCCGUUACUUAGUCAUUUUCUCUUUGAUUUCUUCCGGUCUGCUAACUAUUCGAGGGUAUUCGACAAUAAGCACAAACCCCAAAUAUAUACUCGUAUAUUAUGAGUAUGGCCCACGAAAGAUUUUUGUGUCCUUUCAAUUAAUUUCUAUUGAUGGCACCAAACUCACUACAUGAGUUUUUUUCAAACGAGUUAACAGUUUAUUUACAUUCAGAUUUCCAACCCAUUCUCUUUAAGUAUGAUACAAUAACACUGAUAUGCGAACUUUCUGCUUCGGAACUAGUAUAAGCCAAAUGUAUUUAUUUAUAUUUACAGUAUAUAUAGGCUAUUUAUUGAUAAACAGAACACAAUUCUUUGAAAUGAUUGGGGAAGGACUAACAGGCACAGCCCAAAACUGUUUCUUCCCCGAUUGAUUUACGUCAGUAAAUCAAUAUAUUGAGCUAUAUUAUAAUAUAUUAAUUACUAUUAUAACUUCUCAUACCUGGAAGAUACCAAUUAAAAUAAUUCUAGUGUAUUUUCUCCUUGACAUAAAGGCAAUUAUUUCUUGUUGAUGAAAAGUUAUCAUUUAAUUUGAAGUGUAGUAAUAUUAGUAUGAUUUUGCAUUAACAUGCAUUAUAAAAAUGUUUGUUAUGAUGUGUUCUGUGGGAUUAAAUGAAAUCACCAGCAGGAGAAUAGAAAUCAUUUUGAGAAAUCAAUUUCUAUGCUUUUCUCCUUUGUGCUGAUAGAUCGUUUCAAAUCUACAAAUUAUUCAUUAGGUGCUAUCAAAGUGGUGUCAUUAGGUGGUUUUGAUGUUUGGAAAACUCAUUCAAACUUGGAAAGAUUAGUCAGUAAUCCAAUAAAUAUUUCUUAUUAGCACUAGGCCUACCGUACGUUUUACUUGAAACAUGGAGCCAGGUCUUUUUGAUAAGGUACUAAACUGAUUC